AUGAGCUCUCUCGUCUUUGUGGUAUCGGCCUUGGAGGCUAUAGCAGCUUCGAAGGAAGCAUCGAAGAAGCCGCAAUUGGGCGAAUCUGUCCGCAAGGCCUUGAAGGAUAUCAAAGAGCACGAACCCCAAUUACCAGAUCCCGAAAUCAUAUUUGCACCCUUGCAGAACGCCACGAAAUCCGGAAGCAUCCCUCUCACUACGACUGCCUUGGACUGCAUAGGCAAGCUUAUAAGCUAUUCGUACUUUUCCGUCCCAUCGUCUCCAAACGCCGACAAAGAAGCCUCACGAGCGCCCUUGAUUGAGCGUGCCAUCGAUACGAUAUGCGACUGUUUUCAAGGGGAGACUACCCCAGUCGAAAUUCAGUUGCAGAUUGUUAAGUCUUUACUAGCAGCUGUUCUCAACGAUAAAAUUGUGGUUCAUGGCCCUGGCCUUCUCAAAGCUGUACGACAAGUCUACAAUGUCUUCCUCCUUUCAAAGAGCAGCGCGAACCAGCAAGUGGCACAAGGGACGUUGACGCAGAUGGUGGGAACCGUCUUUGAACGUGUCAAAACGAGGAUACACAUGAAAGAGGCCAGGUUUAACUUAGCCAAGCUGGACAAGAACGCUGCAAAUGCGAGCUCAUAUACAGUCGAUGCUGAGGCGGCGGAGUCAUUAAACGAUGCAUCUACGAGCAAUGAGCCCGAGGAGUCAAUAGCGGAGACUGCUUCCGAAGCACCAUCAGGGGAAGAUGGACAUAAACUUACCCUAAAGGAUCUCGAACACAGGAAGAGUUUCGAUGACUCCCAGAUGGGCGAGGGGACAACGAUGGUUACACAUGUCAAGCCUGCACAGGCUUCUCCACGAUCAACAUCAGGACAAUCCCCUCCCGAGAGUACCGAAGACGAUGGGUUGGAAUCCGAGGAUGUCGAAGACGAAGUAUAUACAAGAGACGCAUAUCUGGUCUUCAGAUCAUUCUGCAAUCUCAGUACGAAAGUCCUUCCCCCUGAUCAACUAUACGAUAUGAAGGGGCAGGCUAUGCGAUCCAAACUGAUCUCACUUCACCUGAUACACACUUUACUCAAUAAUAAUAUCCUCGUCUUCACGUCUCCUUUAUGUACAAUCACCAACAGCAAAAGCAACGAGCCUACGCAGUUUCUUCAAGCCAUUAAAUUCUACUUAUGUCUUAGCAUUACUCGGAAUGGGGCCAGUUCAGUGGAUAAGGUCUUUGAAGUUUGUUGCGAGAUUUUCUGGCUCAUGCUUAAGUUUAUGCGUGCCCCUUUCAAGAAAGAGAUUGAGGUUUUUUUGAAUGAGAUAUACUUGGCUCUUCUGGAAAGACGGACCUCCACUGUUGGUCAGAAGUUAUAUUUCAUGGCAAUACUGCAAAGGCUCUGUUCCGAUCCGCGCGCUUUAGUAGAAACCUAUCUCAACUAUGAUUGCGACAGAAACCUCGAUAACAUUUUCCAAACCCUCAUCGAGGACUUGUCCAAAGCUUCAAGCGCUGCUGUGAUGAUAAGUCCACUUCAUCAACAGCAGUACGAUGAGAAGAUGGCCAAAAGCAAUAGUAAUGGCUUUGAUUGGCAGGCUAAAGGGACGCUUCCUCCCCCGCUAUCUACCGCGCAUAUGAGCACCCAUCACGAUCAUAACGAGUCUGAGAUCCCCAAAGAGUACAUCAUCAAGAGACAGUCCUUAGAUUGUUUGGUAGAAACUCUACGAUCACUGGUCAAUUGGUCGCAGCAAGGCAUUGCUGAUGUUACCGAUGGCGCUCAAGACCCCAAUAUUCGGCAGUCGGAAGAUUUUCGCGAGUCUUAUGAUCCCUCCGGGAAUGACAGCUCGUCAAGAAUCGGCAACGGAGAGGUCCCAAUGACUCCUUCAACUCCAGUGGCUGAUGAUGACCCGGAACAGCUCGAAAGGGAGAAGCAACGGAAAACAGCAAUUGACAAUGCGAUCAAACAAUUCAACUUCAAGCCAAAACGCGGGAUUAAGCUUUUGAUUUCUGAGAAUAUCAUUCCAAGCGAUAGCCCCGAGGAUAUUGCACAUUAUCUCCUCACGGAAGAAAGGCUGGAUAAAGCUCAGAUCGGAGAGUUCCUGGGCGAAGGCAAUGAAAAGAACAUCGCCAUCAUGCAUGCUUUUGUAGACGGCAUGGACUUCACCAAACGCCGUUUUGUGGACGCUCUACGACACUUUUUGCAGGCUUUCCGUUUACCUGGAGAAUCCCAAAAGAUCGAUAGGUUCAUGCUGAAAUUUGCAAACCGAUAUGUUACCGGAAACCCAAAUGCAUUCGCCAACGCAGAUACUGCUUACGUUCUGUCUUAUUCCGUUAUUAUGUUGAAUGUCGACCAACACAGUGGCAAAGUAGUGAAGCGAAUGACGAAGCAAGAUUUCAUCAAGAAUAACAGAGGUAUCAACGACAAUGCUGAUCUUCCGGAUGAGUAUCUCAACAGCAUUUUCGAUGAGAUAGCCCUUGAUGAGAUCGUGUUGAAGAGUGAGCGUGAAUUGGCUGCUCUUAAUGGCCUGCCUACAGCGCCCAGUAGCGGUAUUGCAGCAGGCCUCGGAAAUGCACUGGCAACCGUCGGGCGAGACAUGCAGCGAGAGGCGUACACCAAGCACGCCGAAGAAAUAUCGAUAAGAUCUGAGCAGCUUUUCAAAAGUUUGUAUAAGAAGGAAAGGAAAAAUGCUUCGAAGUCUGAUGUCAGCAAAUUCAUCCCAGCGACAUCUUUCAAGCAUGUAGGCCCAAUGUUCGACGUGACGUGGAUGUCUUUCUUCUCUGGUCUCUCGGGACAGAUGCAAAAUGCCCAUAAUAUCGAAACCAUAAAAUUGUGUAUGGAGGGCAUGAAGCUUGCAAUUCGUAUCGCAUGUCUGUUCGAUUUGGAGACAGCACGAGAAGCAUUUGUGUCUGCUUUGAAGAACGCUACAAAUCUGAACAAUCCCACGGAGAUGGUGUCCAAGAACGUAGAGGCUCUGAAGAUUCUUCUUGAGGUUGCACAAGCUGAAGGCAACCUGUUGAAGGAAUCAUGGCGAGACAUUCUGAUGUGUGUCAGUCAGCUUGACCGACUACAGCUGAUAUCUGAAGGAGUUGACGAGGGUUCGAUACCCGAUGUAUCAAAGGCACGCAUUCAACCUCCAAGCCGACCGGACACUGGUUCUUCCAGAAAGUCAACCCAGUCUAUUAGACCUCCACCACGACCGCGCCCUCGGCAAAGCAGUACCGGCACAAGCUAUUCAAUGGAAAUAGCAAUGGAGAGCCGGUCGGAUGAAGUCAUCAAGGCUGUCGACCGGAUAUUUACCAACACUGCAAAUCUUUCUGGGGAUGCCAUUGUGCAUUUUGUACGAGCUCUGACGGAAGUGAGCUGGGAAGAAAUCAAAAUCUCGGGAUCUAAUGAGUCUCCGCGAACGUACAGUCUCCAAAAGCUUGUCGAGAUAAGUUACUAUAAUAUGACUCGUGUCAGGUUCGAAUGGACCAAUAUCUGGGUCGUUCUAGGGGAACAUUUCAACCGGGUUGGCUGCCAUAAUAAUACCGCGGUUGUCUUCUUCGCACUCGACUCUUUACGGCAAUUAUCAAUGCGCUUUAUGGAGAUUGAAGAACUUCCCGGAUUCAAGUUCCAGAAAGACUUCCUCAAGCCAUUUGAGCAUGUCAUGUCCAAUAGCAACGUUGUUGCUGUGAAAGAUAUGACUUUACGAUGUCUGAUCCAGAUGAUCCAAGCUCGUGGUGAGAACAUCCGUUCUGGAUGGAGCACAAUGUUUGGCGUAUUCACCGUCGCUGCCCGAGAGCCAUACGAGAGUAUUGUCAAUCUUGCCUUCGAUAAUGUCAACCAGGUCUAUAAGACACGAUUUGGAGUUGUCAUCUCCCAGGGUGCAUUCGCUGAUCUUAUUGUGUGUUUGACGGAAUUCUCGAAGAAUAUGAGAUUUCAAAAGAAGGGUUUGCAAGCAAUGGAAACAUUGAAGUCGAUUAUUCCGACAAUGCUCAAGACACCCGAGUGUCCAUUGUCAAACCGUUCCAACGCCAAUUCAGAUGGCUCUCUCAAAACUUUAGAACCGACGUCGAAGCAACCAAGCCGAACAACACAAGAGGAAGCGUUCUGGUUUCCUGUUCUCUUCGCAUUUCACGAUGUGUUGAUGACGGGUGAAGAUCUAGAAGUUAGAUCUAAUGCCCUCAAUUACUUGUUUGACUCAAUCAUCAAGUAUGGUGAAAACUUCCCGUCUGAUUUCUGGGAUAUUCUGUGGAGGAAUUUACUCUACCCGAUAUUUAUGGUUCUCAAAUCCAGUUCCGAGAUGUCGAACGUCCUUAACCAUGAAGAGCUCUCAGUGUGGCUAUCAACCACGAUGAUCCAAGCUCUCCGAAACAUGAUCUCACUCUUCACGCAUUAUUUCGAAUCAUUGGAAUAUAUGCUUGACAGAUUUUUGGAUCUCUUAGCCUUGUGUAUAUGCCAAGAAAAUGAUACCAUUGCUAGGAUUGGAAGCAAUUGUUUGCAGCAGCUUAUUCUACAAAACGUAAAGAAGUUCACACCUGAGCAUUGGGCUAAGAUUGUGGGUGCAUUUGUGGAGCUCUUCGAAAGGACCACUGCCUACCAAUUGUUCUCAGCGGCGACAUCAUCGGGCACCGUUACUGGGGCGGAAAACGCUGGUUCGCCGAUGGAAGAGCCAGGGUCCGACGGGGAGUCGCUCAAGAUCAACGGGACCAACGGCGCCGUCACUUCAGAUGUGGAGAGUAUAAAUGAUGACGAAACAAAGACGCCCACAGCAGGCGCCGGCGACUUAGAAGACUACAAGCCUCAAUCGGAACUUCAGCAACAACCAGUAGUUGUCACUGCUGCGCGGAGGAAGUUCUUCAACAAGAUCAUCACUCGAUGUGUACUCCAACUGCUCAUGAUCGAAACCGUCAACGAACUCUUCUCAAACGAUGCUGUCUACGCCCAAAUACCCAGUCCAGAACUUCUGCGCCUCAUGUCACUCCUUAAAAAGAGCUUCGUCUUCGCCAAGAAAUUCAACGAGAAUAAAGAGCUCCGUAUGCGUCUUUGGCGCGAGGGGUUCAUGAAGCAACCCCCCAACCUUCUCAAACAGGAGAGUGGCAGCGCAGCAACAUAUGUCAGCAUCUUACUUCGCAUGUACCACGACGAGAGCGAGGAGCGGAAGCGUAACCGUAAAGACACGGAAGCAGCGCUCGUACCUCUCUGCGCCGAUAUAAUUCGCGGCUUCACACUGCUUGAAGAAGAUUCCCAGCAACGGAAUAUCAUUGCAUGGAGGCCCGUCGUUGUUGAUGUAAUGGAAGGAUAUACAAAUUUCCCUCGCGAAGGAUUCGAGAAGUACAUCGAUGUCUUCUACCCACUGUGCGUAGAUAUCCUGAACCGAGAUAUGGGUGCCGAGAUCAGGAUGGCAUUGCAAGGUAUACUGAAGCGGGUUGGGGAAUUGAAGCUCGGGUUACCGGAACGGAGGCCAAGUAUACCUGGGUCGCCGACGAGUUUACAUUCCCCCACAGCGUCCAGGAGUCGGAGGUUGAGUAGAAGAGAUUAA